AUGCCCCGUGGAAACGAAGCCGCCCCCAAGAUCUUCUACAAGGGUCGCUCUGACGACUUCAUCGUCUUCGUUGACGAUCUUGACAUCCUUCAGAAGUGGAAGAAUGACCGGAGCAUCGCCCUCGCCAAUGUCUUGAAUGGUUGGAAAAUCUUCCUGACCCAUUCCCACGGAGCACAAGGUGUUCUUGACACCGCCAGCCAGAGUUCUCUGCAGAACGAGUUCGGUACCACCGAUGAGGAUGCAUGCAUCACCAAGAUCCUCGAAGGCGGGGAAUACCAAGCCUCCGCGGCACGCGAGCGCGAGGGAAUCAAGAACGAUUCUAUGGGCGGUAUGGGUGUUACUCGCUAA